GUCAAAUAAAAACUAAACACUUUAAUUGGGUCAUAUAAAGAUUUAAAAAACAUCAAGUUUUUUUUUUUGAAAUUAAAAAAAUAUCAAGUUGAUCUUACUGAAGUUUGAAACUGUAAUUUGAUCUUUCAAUAUAAUUAAUAAAAUGUGAAUUUAGUUCUUUACUUUACCUUCAGACAUCAAUUUGUUUACAUGGUCCCAGUAAUAUGGUCAUUUUAUAUUAAAAGACCAAAUUAAAGUGACACUUCUUAUUUAUUGGGGCCACGAAUUUGAGUACUUUCCAUCAAAUAACUAAAGGCCUAACAAUGCAACUAAAAAUUGUAAGAAUCAUAUGGGGAUUAAGAUAAUACAUAACUUGACAAACUAUAAAGUGAUUCUUAAAGCAAUGAAACAUAAAAUGGAGCUUCAUCCCUAUUUGCUGUGAAUGCAAGGAUAUACAGACUGUGCUAUUUCCUGUUUUAAGUUUCUUUAACAAUGAAAAACAAAUCAUUUCAUUCCCUCUGCUUAAAUCAUUUCCAUUUCAAUUCUCUUAGCUAAGCAUGAUGACUUCUUUAAGGAACUUUCAUAAAUUAUUUAUCUUAGUUGUUAAACUAAUGCAAUCCACAUGAAGCAUGUAUUAGUAUAUACACUUCAAAAGUCAGCAUUUUCCUCAUGUGACACAAAAUUGGUACUAUAAAUAGAACAUGGAGCCCAUAAUGUUUUAUAUCUCCACAGUUCUGUGGAAAACAUGAUUCCUCAAUGUCUAAUCCUAGCUUUUUUUCUGAGAUUCAGCUUCAUUAAUAGUUUGCCUCACCCUUUAGACCCUCUCUCACCGGCUGAAAUCAACAAAACAAGACACAUUGUUCACGAGUCUUACCUUGGUGCUAUUCCUAACCUCACCUACCAUUUUGUGGAUGUUGAAGAACCAGACAAAAACAAUGUCCUAAACUGGUUAUCUUCAAAUUCAAACACAAAAGAAAAGCCUUUCAUUCCUCGUCAAGCUAAGGUAGUUGUUAGAGCCAAGGGUGAUGAGACACAUGAGCUUGUAGUGGACUUAACCAAAGGGUCCAUUGUAUCAGAUAAAAUCUACACAGGUCAUGGAUACCCUCCUAUGACAUUCAGUGAGCUUUUUAGAGCAAGCAAAUUGCCUCUUAAGUACCCCAAAUUCCAAGAGUCAAUAACCAAAAGGGGCUUGAACUUGUCUGAAGUUUCUUGUGUGCCACUCACAGUUGGUUGGUAUGGAGAAAAAAGCACAAGAAGAGCCCUCAAAGUGGUGUCCUAUUAUAGGGGAGGAUCAGUUAAUGUUUGGGCAAGGCCUAUUGAAGGAAUCACAGUGCUAGUUGAUGUUGAUUCAAUGAAGAUUACCAUGUACAAUGACAGGUACAGGGCCCCUAUGCCUAAAGCUGAAGGCACAAAUUAUCAAUCUUCAAGCAGCAAGAAAAAAACAUCUGCUUCCUGUAAUGUUUCAGAUAUUGGGUUCACCAUCAAGGACCAUGAGGUGAAAUGGGCUAACUGGGCUUUCCAUGUUGGGUUCAAUGCUCGGGCUGGGCUGAUCAUAUCAGCUGCUUCUAUAUUUGAUGCUAGAAAAAACAAGUAUAGGAGAGUGCUGUAUGGGGGUCAUGUGUCAGAGACAUUUGUUCCUUACAUGGAUCCUACAGAGGAAUGGUAUUUCAAGACUUUCUUGGAUGCUGGGGAAUUUGGGUUUGGACGUGCAGCUGAUAGCUUGAAGCCCGAGGUUGAUUGCCCGGGCAAUGCAGUUUAUAUGGAUGGGUACAUGGCUGGGCCUAAAGGAGAGGUGCAGCAGGUGCCUAGGGCUAUUUGCAUUUUUGAGAGGAGGUCUGGCAAUGUGGCCUGGAGGCACUUUGAAAUCAACAAUCCCACCAAAAAAGUGAUAAGAGAAGGAGAGCCUGAGAUUACUUUGGUGGUCAGAAUGGUUUCUACUGUGGGUAACUAUGAUUAUGUUCUUGACUGGGAAUUCUCGCGAAGUGGCAGUAUCAAAGUUGGGGUGGACCUGACAGGCGUACUACAGAUGAAAGCAGUCCCAUAUACACACAACAGCCAGAUAAAAGAAAGAGUGUUUGGAACCUUGGUGUCAGAAAACACCAUUGCCAACAACCAUGACCACUACAUAACCUACUAUCUUGACCUUGACAUUGAUGACAACCACAACUCCUUCAUCAAUGCCAAAAUGCAAAGGGCAAGAGCAACUGGCUUUGGAACACCAAGGAAGAGUUACUGGACUGUUGUUAGAGAAUCUGCCAAGAGGGAAGCCGAGGCGAGAAUUCAGCUUGGCUUGGAGCCAGCUGACCUAUUAAUAGUCAACCCCAAUAUAAGAACAAGGCUAGGGAAUCAAGUUGGUUACCGGCUGAUCGGUGCACAGCCGGUAACUUCUCUGUUGUCUGAUGAUGAUUACCCAGAAAGAAGAGUGUCUUACACAAAGUAUCAGGUGUGGGUCACUGCCUAUAACAAGUCAGAAAGAUGGGCUGGAGGGUUCUAUGCUGAUAGGAGCCAUGGAGAUGAUGGCUUAGCCAUUUGGAGCCAGAGGAAUAGAGAGAUUGAGAAUAGAGACAUAGUGCUAUGGCACACAAUUGGGAUCCAUCACAUUCCGUACCAAGAAGAUUUUCCAGCAAUGCCAGCAGUCCAUGGAGGAUUUGAACUCAGGCCAGCUAACUUUUUCGAAAGUUGUCCGCUUCUUUGAAUGAAAGUACUGUUCUACCUUAAUGCAAGCAUGUUCAGCUAAUUAACCAAACCAAUAAUAAUCCAACAUGGAUAUAGAUACACAAGAUGAAAGGUUCUAUAGAAAUAUUUUUCUGUUAUCAAGUGAUAUGUUGUUAAAUAAUAUUUUCACUUAGGUAUCUUAAAUGAUUUGAAAUUGAAUGAAAAAUAUGUUCAAAGUACUAAUGGCGUAGUAAACAGUAUCUUUAAAAACUCCAC